GAAAGAUAAAAUGUUGUAAAGACUGAAGAACAGACAUGUGAUGAUCAUCAACAGUCCUCAGCUGCUCCAGACAAACAUCGCAGAUCAUCAGAUCACACAGACAGUGAGAGAAUGUGUGAAUCUGUCUGAUCCAGGACCUCAUGUGAUCGUUCUGCUCCUCAGACAUGAGCAGUGUUCAACAGAAGAUAAAGAGUGUGUGGAGAAGAUGCUGCACUCUUUCUCUGAGCGGGUGUUUCAACACACCAUGGUCCUCACACCACAAGAGCCCACCGAAACCAAUGAAAUCCUACAGAAUAUUAUUCAGAAAUGUGCAAACAGAUACUUAUGUCUUCAGAGAAUCAGCUCUCCUGAUGAUUUUCUGCUGAUAUUUGAGAACAUUUUACAAAUGAAUGAUGGACAGCACCUGGUUUGUUCCGAAGGUUCACAGUAUUUGUCAGUGGAGCAACAGGCCACAGGAACAUGUGUAAAGAAAGGGGGGAGAGAAAGAUAUGAAAAUGUGAAGGAGGAGGUCAAGAAAAUGUGCACUGAAACAGAUCAUUCAGUUCAGAAAGAAAACAAGGAUGUUGGUACAGCAGAAGUCAAAUCUGAUCAAGAUAAAAUACAUCAUCUAUUUCACAAACUUAGUCUUGAAGGCAGGCGCCACAAUAAAUUGAGAGCUGCAGAUGUUCUUCAGAUAACUGAACAUUCAUUACAGUCUCAUGAGUCUUGUGUUGAAGAGGAGCUGGUUCAGACUUUCCUACAAAAAAUACUGAUGAUGGACUACAGAGCAAGAUACAUCAGUGUUAAAGAGACAAAUGAACAGGAUCAACAAAGAGAUGCUGACUCGUCUGAAGAUGAGGGUGAUUUUUUUGAAUAUGUUCUUCACAACACUUCUUUGUCAAGCACAGUAACAAGUCAAUCUGAGCGAAUUCACCCGAUGGAUGUUCAGAUGGCCGUGUUUCAUUGUGCUGAUGGUUUCUUGAAGCAGCUGAUGGUGACUAAACUGUCCCAGUGUCAGUAUGCUCUGCCUUUGCUUGUUCCUGAUCACUUCACACAACAGAUUGAGUUUCCUCUCUGGACAUUCAGACAAAUCAACAAGAGCUGGAAGAUGAGAAACAAUGAUAAUGAGAUCAUCAGUCAAACCCAGCCGAUCUACAAUACACAAACUCCAAUGGUGUUUUUCUUCAGGUUUGGUUCUGUGUCUUCAUCCAAGUCUCAGCUGAUGAACAGUCUGAUCAAUGAGAAACACAACACGUUCUUCCACAGGAACUGCCCAGGCAGCAGCAGAAACAGGGUCCUGAUGGAUGGAGUGGUGGAGAUUGCCUGGUUCUGCCCCUCUGGGAAAAACACAGAUAAAUUCACUGACUGUGUUGCCUUCUGUAAUCUACACGGUGAUGCAGGAGACCAUGAGAAACAGCUGCAGAUCCUCACUGAAAUGGCCUCAGUCAAUGUUGUUCUUUUGCCACAACUGGACAAGAAUGACAGAAGUGCAGCAAUGAUGAAUAACCUGUUUGGAAACAAAAAGCCACUCAUUUGUCUUCUUACUGAGGAUCAAUCAACUGUAAUGAAGAUGAAGAAAAGAAAAUUCAAAAUCGGUCUGAAAUACAGAAAUCAGUCGGAUGUAUCUAAAGAACUCAUAAAAACUAUAAAUGAUUGUCUCUCGGAAUCAUCUUUCACUUUCAGACUUGAAGAUGUGUCUCAACACUCAGAUAUCAGAGUAGAUGAGGAAGAUGAUGAUGACUGCAGGAGAGGAAGAGCAGCAGCACAGCAGAUUAUGAAUUCACUGAAGAAGAAACAUCUGACAGAAAUCAAAGAAUCAUUUAUGCCUCAUCAGGGAAAACUGUGGCAUCAGUGGAGUCAGAAGAACAAAGAACUACAUCGACCUCGAGUAGAAGAGAAAGACAUAGACAUCAGUAGAAAACAAUCAGAAAUGAAGAAAAUCCGUGAACAACAGCAUGAAUCUGAUAUAAGUGAGUUUGUGAAGCUGUUCAUUAAAGAAAUGAACACAGAUGCUGAACAUGAAAAGAUGUUUUUCAUUAAAUGGCUCAGAAUCCUGUUGGAUGAACAUAUAUCAAGUGACCUUUCUGCUCUUCUUCACAAAUAUGAUGAAACAUGGUCAGCAGUUUUGAAACUGAAAGACGGCAGUAAUAAAUCUGAACAACAUAAAGCUAAACAAAAUGAACUUGAGAAGAUAUCUGAGGAGCUUCAAGCUGCAACCUUUGGUGUGGAGCACAUCAUGAGGGAGAUCGGUCAGAUCUAUGAAUCAUGUUCAUCUGUGAAGAAGAACAAGAAAGACCUGAAGAUUCACUUCUCUUCUCUCUCGAGUCUUGCAGCAGAGAUGAUGAUCUCUGGAUUUCCACUGGAGCUGAUGGAUGGAGAUGCAGCUCAUGUUCCUCUGAUCUGGAUCUCUGCUGUUCUAGAUCAACUCAUCCAGAAACUGGGAGACCAGAGUGUCUUUGUGCUGUCAGUUUUAGGGAUUCAGAGCUCUGGGAAAUCCACCAUGCUAAAUGCCAUGUUUGGACUCCAGUUUGCCGUCAGUGCUGGCAGAACAACCAGAGGAGCUUUCAUGCAGCUGGUCAGAGUCUCAGACGAGAUGAAAACACAGAUGAAUGUUGACUAUAUUCUGGUUGUUGAUACUGAGGGUCUUGGAGCUCUAGAACUGGCUGGAAGAUCUACAAGAGAUCAUGACAAUGAAUUGGCCACAUUUGUUGUUGGAAUUGGAAAUCUGACCUUGAUCAACAUUUUUGGAGAAAACCCAUCUGAGAUGCAGGACAUUCUUCAAAUCGUUGCUCAGGCCUUCAUCAGGAUGAAAAAGGUCAGACUGAAUCCCAGCUGUGUGUUUGUGCAUCAGAACGUUUCAGACGUCACCGCUGGAGAGAAAAACAUGGAGGGAAGGAGGCGACUGCAGGAGACACUGGAUGAGAUGACAAAACUUGCUGCUGAAGAUGAAGUCUGGGAUGCAGGAUGUUUCAAUGAUGUCAUUGAAUUUGAUGUUCAGAAUGAUGUGAAGUAUUUUGCUCAGCUCUGGGAGGGCAGCCCACCAAUGGCACCACCAAACCCAAACUACUGUGAGAACAUUCAGGAAUUAAAGGAAUAUAUUAUGUCUCAUGCCUCACAGGGUGUGACAUUGACACACCUAAAAGUGCAAAUUGAAGAUCUCUGGGAGGCUUUACUGAAUGAACAAUUUGUCUUCUUCUUCCGAAAUUCUCUGGAGAUUUCAGCCUACAGGAAACUGGAGACCGAAUAUAACAAAUGGUCCUGCAUUCUUCACAGUGCCAUGAUUGAAACUGAGAAAAAACUGCACUAUCAAAAAGAAAAUGAAAAUAUUCAUGAGAUUAAGGAGACUGAUCUUCAAAGAGAACUGAAGAAGACAAGUGAAGAAGUGAAAAAAUCAAUGUCAGAAUUCUUUGAGAAAGACAAAGAUGCAAAUAUACUAAUUCAGUGGAAAACAUCAUUUGAAAUCAAAAUCAAAGAACUUAAGGAAAACAUAGUGAGAGAAACAAAGAGGAAAUUAAAUGAGAUUCUUCAGGAGCGAGACCUGAAGAAAAAGAUUGAUGCUCAGAUCUUGAUUCACAGAAAAAAAUAGCAAAACUUAUCUAAAGAUGGUUAUUAAGAAAUUCUGAAGAAAGAGUUUAAUUCCUUAUGGGAACAGUAUAUCAAGUCAAGUCGUCUUUAUUUAUGUAGCGCUUUAUACCAGACAGAUUGUGUCAAAGCGGCUUUGCCGUUUUAACAGGAAAAUUGUGUCAAUAAAUGCAAACAAAAUUCAAAUCUGCUGUAAAGCAGCUCUAAAACAAGGACAAUAGUAA